CCGGCCAGGGAGCCGCGGGGCGGCGGAACUGACCCCCCACCCCGUGCGCAACCGCAACCUGGUUCGGCUGCGGAAAGGACCCGGGCUCCACUGCCCCGUGGCUGCUGCAAACAUGGGGGCCGCGAGGAGGAGGAACUUCAUGCAAACUCUCUGGCUGGUCUUGCGUCUGGUUUGCUUUUGCACCGGGAUAAGCUCCAUAGACACUGACCGCCCGGGCGAUGGCAGAUGCCAGCCCAUCGAAAUCCCCAUGUGCAAGGAUAUAGGCUACAACAUGACGAGGAUGCCGAACCUGAUGGGGCACGAGAACCAAAGGGAAGCUGCCAUCCAGCUGCAUGAGUUUGCCCCCUUGGUGGAGUAUGGCUGUCACAGCCACUUGAAAUUCUUCCUCUGCUCUCUCUAUGCCCCGAUGUGCACCGAGCAGGUCUCCACGCCAAUCCCCGCCUGUAGGGUGAUGUGUGAGCAGGCCAGGCUGAAAUGCUCUCCCAUCAUGGAACAAUUCAAUUUCAAGUGGCCAGACUCCUUAGACUGCAGCAAAUUGCCCAACAAGAAUGACCCCAAUUACCUAUGCAUGGAAGCCCCUAACAACGGAUCAGAUGAGCCACCCAGAGGCUCCAGCAUGUUGCCACCCAUGUUCAGGCCACAGCGGCCAAGCAAUGGUCAUGAUUUGCAGCAGCACAAGGACAGCCUCAGUAGAGCCACCUGUGAAAAUCCUGGCAAGUUCCACCAUGUGGAAAAAAGCGCUUCCUGUGCCCCACUCUGCACACCUGGGGUUGAUGUUUACUGGAGCAGGGGUGACAAACAGUUUGCCGUCAUCUGGAUCGCCGUCUGGUCCAUCCUGUGCUUCUUUUCCAGCGCUUUCACCGUACUCACUUUCCUGAUAGAUCCCCAGCGCUUCAAGUACCCCGAGAGGCCCAUCAUCUUCCUGUCUAUGUGCUAUUGUGUCUAUUCUGUGGGGUACAUUAUUCGCCUCUUUUCAGGUGCUGAGAGCAUAGCCUGUGACCGAGACAGUGGUCAACUUUACGUUAUCCAGGAGGGGCUGGAAAGCACUGGAUGCACCAUUGUGUUCCUGGUCCUCUAUUAUUUUGGGAUGGCAAGCUCAUUGUGGUGGGUCAUUUUGACUUUAACUUGGUUUCUGGCUGCUGGGAAGAAAUGGGGGCACGAAGCAAUUGAAGCAAACAGCAGCUACUUUCAUUUGGCAGCCUGGGCCAUUCCAGCUGUGAAGACCAUCAUGAUCUUAGUUAUGAGAAGGGUAGCUGGAGAUGAACUGACAGGAUUGUGCUAUGUUGGAAGCAUGGAUGUGAAUGCCUUGACUGGGUUUGUACUCAUUCCUUUAGCUUGUUAUCUCAUCAUAGGCACUUCUUUUAUUCUGUCUGGUUUUGUGGCCCUCUUCCAUAUCAGGAGGGUGAUGAAAACAGGUGGAGAAAACACAGACAAGUUGGAGAAACUUAUGGUCAGGAUUGGUGUCUUCUCAGUCUUAUAUACAGUGCCUGCUACAUGUGUAAUAGCUUGCUACUUUUAUGAAAGACUUAACAUGGAUUAUUGGAAAAUUGUGGCAAUGCAAUAUAAAUGCAAGAUGAACAAUCAGACUAAACAUUUGGACUGCAUGAUGAAUAACUCCAUUCCUGCAGUAGAAAUUUUCAUGGUGAAAAUUUUUAUGUUGUUGGUUGUGGGCAUUACUAGUGGUAUGUGGAUCUGGACUUCCAAGACUCUUCAAUCCUGGCAAAAUGUUUGCAGUCAGAGAUUAAAGAAGAGAAGUAGGAGAAAACCUGCAAGUGUUAUUACAAACAGUGGAAUCUACAAAAAAACUCAACAUCCACAGAAAACUCACCAUGCAAAAUAUGAAUCAGCAUUACAGCCACCCACUUGUGUAUGAACAGGAUGUAUAGAAAACUGUAUCUCAGUUUGUAGAGACUUAUAAAUGCUCACGGUAGCAGUCAGAAGUAAAAAUUUUAAAAGGUGCUUUUUGUCAGAGAACGGUAUAGCAAAUCAAAGCAAAAAUGUAUGACAUUGAAAUUCAGGACCUGUUGAUAAACUGAAGGUUAAUGUACUUAGGAAAAGGUUUUCAGUGAAAGGAAUAUUGUCAAUUAAAGCAGCCUCUUCUGUUACUAAUUUGUAGUAAGAUGUUUCAUCCAGCCCUCUGAUAAAAAAAAAAAACCUGUGUGUAAUCUUUAUAUGUAGCAGAGCUGGAGUUCCUACAGAUUUCUAAGUAACAAGAUAUAAUCAAGUUUUACGGAGCUAUGUUUUUUGUUGUUUUUUUUAAAGAGCCUGACUGAAAAUUGUGUCUUUUUUGGGAAACUUGACAAUUCCAUAGAAGCCUAAGUGAAAGCAACUUCUGUGCUAACUUAAGAAAAGAGAAAUCCUUUACAACACUUCUUCAGCUUAGUGGGUCUGAAGUAUCUAAAAAUAGGUUCAAUCUAUAAUGCUCACCAAUAUUCUUUCACUAAAAGAGAAACUUCCUGCAUGAGACACAAACUUUGUGAAUAAGAAUAAUGUGCAAUACAUUUUUUUCUUACCAUGACAUGAAAAGAGAAACAAGUAUUUUGCUGUACAUAAAGACAACAAAAGAAAUCUCUUAACAAAAGAACUAAGAGGUCUAGUCCUCAGAAACCCUUUAGUGUUACAUUUUGUGGCUUUUUAAUGGAAAUCAAGCCAAUGUUAUACACGUUUGGACUGAUUUGUGCAAAAAAAAAAAAGUGUGUGUGGGGUGGGGUCAAUUCAAAGAGACCCAAAGGGCUUAUUGACUCUUUCUAUUGUUAAACAAAUUCUCACCAUGAAUAGAUCAAGAAGCACUAGAUUCUGCAAAGGCAAGCUUUGUAUUGAGUG